AUGACUCGAACACGGUUUUAUCCUCGCGACGUGCCGAAUACGUGUAGUAUCGUAAAUGCAGGCCGAAAACCAAUCGCUUCAACAAACCCUUAUAUCAAGUUCAAAAGCAAAUACAAGAUGGUAGCCGAAGCUGAAGUUGUGUCUGGCCCUCAAGCUUAUGCAAAUUUGGAAACCCUACGAUGCACCCUUCAAGACACAAUCUUGCACGUUGAGCUAAACAGACCCACUAAGCUCAAUGCUAUGAAUUCAGUUUUCUGGGUUGAAUACAAGAAAGUAUUCGAUAUCGCUGCUCAAGACCCUGAAGUCCGAGUUAUUAUUGUUUCCUCAAAUGCCCGUAUCUUCACCGCUGGUUUGGACAUCUCUGGCGGUAUUGGCGUUGGUAGCAAGGUCGAAGUUGACGCUGGACGUCGUGGUAUCUCCAUGUACCACAGUUUGUUGAAGACUCAAGCUGCCUUCACUGCACAGGCCACUUGCCAAAAAGCAUCUAUUGCUGUCGUUCACGGUGCUUGUAUCGGCGGUGGUGUUGACCUCAUCAGCGCUGCUGAUAUCCGUUACUGCUCCAAGGAUGCUUACUUCUGUAUCAAGGAAGUCGAUGUCGCCCUCGCAGCUGACGUCGGAACUCUUCAAAGACUCCCAAAGAUUGUCGGAAACGACUCUUGGGUCCGUGAAAUGUGUCUAACUGCCAGAAACGCUUCUUCUGCCGAAGCCAUGUCUGUCGGUUUGAUCAGCAAGGUCUGCGAUACCAAGGAAGCCGCUUUGGCUGCAGCCUUCGAAACUGCUAAAUUGAUUGCCAGCAAAUCACCUGUUGCUAUCGUCUCCACCAAGCAAGUCUUGAACUACUCGCGAGACCACACUGUUGAAGAAGGUUUGCAAUAUGUUGCUACCUGGAAUGCAUUCGCUUUACAAACUGCUGAUUUGGCUAAAGCUGGUAUUGCUUCCCUCCAAAAGAAGCAGGUUACCUUCUCUAAACUCUAG